UCAUGGACAUGGAAUAAGCAAUCAUGGCGGACUCUGAUGCCGUUGCUCUAGCAUAUUUCGCUGUUCGCAACAUUCCUGUAACCUUUCACUCCGCUGACUUGAGAAAUUAUUUCAGCCAGUUCAUCGAAAGCGGAGGUUUUCAGUGUUUUCACUACAGACAUCGACCAGAGGUCCUCAGGGAGUCUGAAAGUAAAGAACAUGGGGCGGAGGGCAGCUCCAAACCUCCGGAGACUGACCAAGAACCAAAACAGAGCUCUGAGAAGAAACAGCCGGGGAAGUCCUGCUGCUGCAUCGUCUCAGUCCACGCUAUGGAUGCGGAGAGAUUCGUCAGGAUGUACGCGGGGAAUCACUGGAUUGACUCAAAGGGGAACUGGAUGGUUAAACGUUGUGUUAUCAAAAGAGUGAAGGUUUCACAAGACAAAGAUGAUGGGUCAUUCCCCUAUAAAACGAAGCAAGAGCAGCGGCACCGGGUGUCCUUAACAGAGUGUUUCACAGAAGCUGACCUCAAAAGCUUAUCAGAGCUAAACCCACCUGCCCUAAUGCAAAAUGGAAAUGUGGGCACACCGGUCAAAGUGUUCCUCCAGCUCAUCCAGUCCUGCCGACUUCCUCCACGCCUCAUCCGGAAGUUGGGCCUUACCUUCCCCAAGACCAGCUCCAACCGCCGUUAUGGAAAUGUACCUUUCAGGUAUCAGGACUCUUUGACACUUCCAGCCACAGAGGAGACCGUAUUAACAGCUGCUGGACACGAAAUAUCAGGACCUGGUGGUUUGUCUGCUUCACCCUCAGGACGAAGAAAAGGCCCCAUACACACAGAAGGAUCAGAGAUAGAUGAACCACAGGAAGAAAUGGAGGAGGAGAAGGAGGAUGCACAGUCAAAUGAAGAUGAUGAUGAUGACUGCUGUGAAGAGUGGGAGCGCCAUGAGGCUUUGCAUGAGGAUGUAACGAGCCAGGAGCGAAGCAAGGAGAGGCUGUUCGAGGAGGAGAUCGAGUUGAAGUGGGAGAAGGGUGGCUCAGGCCUGGUGUUCUACACAGACGCGCAGUACUGGCAAGAGGAGGAAGGAGAUUUUGAUGAACAAACAGCAGAUGACUGGGAUGUUGAUAUGAGUGUUUACUAUGAUAAAGAUGGAGGUGACAUGGAUGCCCGUGACUAUGUCCGAAUGCGUUAUGAAAAAAGGCUGAGGGAGGGUCUUGAAGAUCGAUCUGGACACAGUCAGUCUAUUGGCAGCUUUGAGAGAUUCACAAAGGGCUUUGGACGUCGUGUGAUGGAAAAGCAGGGCUGGAAGGAUGGUGAGGGGUUGGGAAACAGUCAGACUGGGAUGCCUGAAGCCCUUGAGAAUGAGGGUCAACAUCCUAAUUGUAAAAGAGGCUUUGGGUAUCAUGGAGAAAAAUUGAACUUGCAUCCUGAAAAAAAGACCAAAACAGAUUUCCACAUUUCUACAGCCUAUGAUAAACCUAAAAACAUUGAUAAAGGCGACACCCUGCUGAGACGUCAACCAAACACCAGUAUGAAAUACAGAGGCUGGCAGCCAGGUGGCAGCAUAGGACAGCAAAGAUGACAGUAAUUUAAUUAAUUUAAAUCAAUUUCAUUGAGUUGUUGUGGCCUAUAUCUUGUAUUUUCAUCCAUGUGCAAAUAGAACAUUUUCAAACUUUU